GGAAGUAUUUCACUCCGGAUGUUAAUCUUUGAUUCACCCAGAAAGUUCCUGUGCCGUCAAAACAAAAACAGCGCUCACACACAGACGGUAGCUAAUAUCAGUGAGAGCAACAACCUUUACAUAUCUGUCUGUUUUUCCACCAUGCAACUGAAAUCAUGUUGUAUUUACAGCACCGGAGUUAUUUCUAUUCUACUUUUGAUUGCCGGCAUUUCUUUGGUGUUGACUAACGUGUUUCCACAUAUCCUACAGUCGGUGGUUAAAAAGGAAGUCGUUUUGAAGAAUGGCACGGAGGCGUUUGAGGCCUGGGAGAAUCCACCAGCCCCUAUUUACAUGCAGUUUUACUUCUUCAAUCUGACAAACCCCCUGGAGGUGCUGGAUGGAGAUCGGCCUGCUGUGCUGGAGAUCGGACCAUAUACAUACAGCUGCUGUCAUUUCCUACACAGAGAGUACCGGCCGAUGGAGCAAGUGGACUUCCAGGAAAAUGGCACCAAAGUAGCAUCUGUCAACACAAAGACCUACAUAUUUCAGAGAGACAUGUCCCGGGGUCCAGAGAGUGAUCUCAUCAGGACGGUCAACAUCCCUGCAAUUACGGUGAUGGAGCAAUUCAAAGAUAAUUGGGCCUAUGCAAACUUGAUCUCCUCCUACAUGAAAUCUGAAAACGAAAGCCUUUUCACCACACGCACAGUAGGAGAGCUGCUGUGGGGAUAUGAAGACCCCCUGCUCAAAGCCCUCAAACUUUUAAAACCCAACCUGGACGAUGUUUUUGGACUCUUCUAUAAGACCAAUGCUUCCAACGAUGGGGAGUAUGUCUUCUUCACUGGCCAGCAGAACUACAAGGACUUUGCCAGAGUGGAUACGUGGAAAGGUGAAAGCAAACUGGAUUGGUGGACAUCUGAUGAGUGCAAUAUGAUCAAUGGAACCAAUGGAGCAUCUUUCCAUCCCAUCAUCACCAAGAAUGAGACGCUCUACAUGUUCUCCUCUGACCUGUGCAGGUCUCUGUACGCUCUGUAUGAGGAGGAUGUGACGGUGAAGGGGAUCCCUGGGUAUCGCUUCAGUCCCCCUAGCGAGGUGUUUGCCAAUCACACCGUGAACCCUGCCAACGCCGGCUUCUGUGUCCCCGCUGGAAACUGCCUGGGCUCUGGCGUUCUGAAUGUCAGCCUGUGUAAACAAGGAGCUCCCAUCGUAAUGUCGACACCUCACUUCUACCAGGCCGAUGAGAAAUAUGUUCAGGAUGUGUUCGGCAUGAGGCCUAAGAAGGAGCAGCACCAGACUGCAAUUGAUAUCAAUCCGCUAACUGGAAUCAUUAUUCAAGCUGCCAAACGGCUCCAGGUCAACGUGUUUGUUGAGAAAAUGUCCUACUUCAGUCAAACAGGAAACGUGAGGACAGUGAUCCUUCCCGUGGUUUAUCUCAAUGAGAGCGUUGUCAUUGACGACGCGUCGGCCGCGAAGCUGAGGAAGAUAAUCGUGGAGCAGCAAGUGGUGGAGAACAUCCCCUUCAUGCUGAUCGGCCUCGCCAUCAUUAUGGGAGGAAUCUUCAUGUUCCUGAUGUGUCGGCAGAACGUCCCCGAGAGCACCACAGCUGAACGGCAGCCCCUGCUCUCGUCAUAGCACCAAACUGUACGUUUAAAGAAGGAGGACUGCCAUAUUUGCAUAAUAAUUCACGUGUUAAAUGGAGCUGCAAUUCCUACCAGUAUCCCCCGAGUAAUAGCUCAAUUAAUUACCAAAAUUACAUCUUUUUAUCCAGCUUAUCCAAUGUUUUUAGGAAAACAAAGUGAAGAGGUUUGUUACAGGGAUGAGGUUAAUGUCUCCCUUACAAGUAAGUUGUAUUGAUGAUGAAAUCCUUUUUUUUUUUUUUUUUAUCUUAAAGAUUGUCUUUUAUACCUUUUUAAUUAUGGGCUCUGAAAUGAUCAAACCCCCAGGAAUUGAUGUGAAAAUAUACUGUCACUGAUUGAUUAUUGUGUGUGUGUGUGUGUGUGUGUGUGUGUGUGUGUGUGUGUGUGUGUGUGUGUGUGUGUGUGUGUGUGUGUGUGUGUGUGUGUGUGUGUGUGUGUGUGUGGUGUGUGUGUGUGUGUGUGUGUGUGUGUGUGUGUGUGUGUGUGUGUGUGUGUGUGUGUGUGUGUGUGUGUGUGUGUGUGUGUGUGUGCAUGAAUGAUAUGAAUGCCUGCAGAACUGAAAUAGUGAUAAGGGAAUACUGUCGGCGUGUGUUUGUAAAAUAGGCCUGUUUUCAGCCUGCUCUAGUGAGAUUGUUGAAGCAUCAGUAUAGGAAGAAAGUUAGCAACACUGUUUUAAUGCAAGAGACACAUAUCCUUCUUUUUUUUAACACCAACAUUUCACUUUUCCGUAUUGUCUCUAAGUGAAUGACAAGGUCAAGCUGUGCAAAACGACUGCUGGCAUAUGUAUUCUUGAUGUCAUGAAUAUAGUCAUCUCGGCUUCCUUUUAAUACCAUGUACUCUUAGUCUGUUGUAACCUUAAAUGGAAAUCCACUUAAUCCCAAUAUAUGCAAAUAUCGUAAUGUGUAUUACUUCAACAAAAGCAGUGUAAAGGGAACUUGUUUGUCUUGUGCAAGGUACAAUGUCUUGUCCCAUGAUGGUGUAAAGCACCAUGUUAGAUUUGAUGUCUCCAUGAGUUAUCCUACUGAUAUCCUUAAAACAGUGCAAGAUCAGCUUGAUGCUACUGACACUGCAAAAGAGAAAGUUAUGUAUUUCUUUUUAACCACCACGAAUUGUCCAUAAAUAAUAUGGUUCAAUUCUGCACUUCUAAAUAACAUUAUUGUAUCUGAUUAUUGUUACUUUAUUUAGGAUCUGGGUAAAAAAAUACAUGUUUUUCUUUAUUUUCUUUGGCAACAGCCUAUUGGAUUUAAAUGAAAUAGAUUUUGUGUCCAGAACUAAGUACUGUAGAAUGUCAUUACAAUGUGUAAUUUGCUAUUUGAAUAACCACUAUUUCACACACAUAACUGACAGGCUGACUUGUUUUAAUGUUGUUGUGGUCUUCGUUUCACAUGUUACAGAUUAUUGUUUACACUACUACCCAUACAAAGUAACAAUCAAUAUGUAAUCACUGUUUACAUAAUAGGUCAAUAGGUCAAAUAUCUAACAAGCUGAACAUUGUCUUAACAUUUGCUGCAACCUUUAAUAAACCUGCUGUGCUUCAAA